CCCUUUUGAUCAAGUCGUGGGCCAAGGAACCCGGUUAGAGGAGAGCCAAGAGCAUCCCAGAACACCCCCUCCAGUCCCUGCAGCUCCUCCAUCUGCACAGUGGAGCUGGACGGACCAGCCAGAAUGUGGAGAGCGGUGCCACUCCAACUCUUUCUCCUAUUAUUUUGCUGGCUUACUUUGCAUCAAUCACAAGGAUGUGAACUUGGGCAGUUCCGUUGUGGGACAGGCCGAUGCAUCCCGUGGGACUGGCACUGCGACGGGACAUCCGACUGUCCGGAUGACACUGAUGAACAAGAAUGCCCUCAGAUAACAUGUGAUGACAGUCACUUCCAGUGUUUAAGUGACGGAGAGUGUAUCCCAGAAGUAUGGGUGUGCGAUGAUGAAGAGGACUGUGAAGAUGGUUCAGACGAGAGGCAAAACUGUCCUGGGAGAACGUGCACUAGUGGACAGUUCAGCUGUAGUAAUGGGGCAUGCAUACCAGCUGAGUACCGAUGCGACCAUCUGUCUGAUUGCACCGACGGUUCUGACGAGAGAAAUUGCAAUUACUCAGAGUGCGCAGAGCUUAGAUGUGCUAAUGGUGCCUGCUACAACCGGACCCAGAGAUGUGACCACAUACUUGAUUGUCGAGAUGGUUCUGAUGAAGCAAAUUGCACACAGCACUGCAGUACAGGCCUGUUUCCGUGUCAUAAUGGAAUGUGUGUCCCUCAACGUUAUAUUUGUGACCAUGACGAUGACUGUGGUGAUCGAAGUGAUGAACUCAACUGCACAUAUCCUCCAUGCAGGGGCAAUUACUUUACAUGCCCCAGUGGUCGCUGUAUUCAUCAAGUAUGGCUUUGUGAUGGAGAAGACGAUUGUGAGGACAAUGCAGAUGAAAAAGGAUGUGAAAACGCACAUCACGAAUGUUACCCAGGACAGUGGGCAUGCCCGUCUACUGGUGUGUGUAUCCCCAUGGAUCAGCUGUGUGAUGGGACACCUCACUGCUCUGAAGGAGAGGACGAAACCAACGCCACUGCAGGAAGAAAUUGCAGUGUCUGGAGAUGUUCUUCUCUGAGUUGUGAGCAUCGCUGUCAUCCUUCCCCUGUUGGAGGAACCUGUACCUGUCCUUCAGGAUACAUAGUCAACAGCAAUGACAGUCGCUCAUGUAAAGAUUUUGAUGACUGCUCAAUGUGGGGAGUGUGCGACCAGCUCUGCGAGGACCGUAUUGGUUCCCAUCGCUGUAGCUGCAGCGAGGGUUAUAUCCUGGAACAGCAUCGAUUCUGUCGAGCCGACACCUCGUAUGGAGUUCCUUUAUUAGUCUUUUCCAAUGGCCGAGACCUGCUAAUUGGUAACACCCAUGGCAACAGCCUGCGUACUUUGGUACAAUCCCAGAACAGAGGGGUUGCAGCAGGAGUGGACUUUCAUUAUGAUCGCCAUAAGAUUUUCUGGACUGACACUAUACAGAAUAAGGUGUUUUCUGUGGACAUGGACGGGUCCAAUAUGCAGGUGGUUUUAAAUGUAUCAGUUGACUACCCCGAGAACCUGGCUGUGGAUUGGGUGAACAAUAAACUGUAUGUGGUGGAGGCCAGUGUCAACAGGAUCGACAUGGUGGACUUGGAUGGAAGUAACCGGGUCACGCUCAUCACCGAGAACUUGGGUAACCCUAGAGGACUGGCGGUGGACCCCACUGUUGGCUAUAUGUUCUUCUCAGAUUGGGAGGCUGUUAAUGGACAACCCGGACUUGAACGGGCCUACAUGGAUGGAACUAACCGUUAUGGGAUCAUCAGAAGUAAACUCGGUUGGCCAGCUGGCAUCACACUAGAUAUCGAGGCCCAGCGCAUUUACUGGGUUGACAGUCGCUAUGACUACAUUGAAACCGCAACGUAUGAUGGUCUUCAUAGGAAAACUGUUGUCCAUGGAGGUGCUGUGGUACCCCACCCAUUUGGGAUUAGUUUAUUUGAGCACAAUGUGUAUUUCACUGACUGGACAAAGAUGGCCGUCAUGAAAGUCAACAAGUUUACAGACACAAGCCCUCAGAUUGUAUAUGCUACAUCGCAGACCCCACAUGGAGUGGCAGUAAUACAUCAUCUCAAGCAGCCACAUGUGACUAAUCCUUGCAGUGAAAACAGAGGUGGCUGUGAUCAGAUCUGCGUUUUGAGUCACAGGAGUGACAACGGAGGGUUGGGCUACCGUUGCAAGUGUCGCUUAGGCUAUGACCUCCACACGGAUGGCAAGAAAUGUCUGGCCGUGAGGCAAUUUCUCCUCUUUUCCAGUCAGUUGGCUGUUAGAGGGAUACCUUUCAACCUCUCAUCUCAGGAAGACAUCAUUCUGCCUAUCACUGGAUCACCAUCCUACUUUGUUGGGGUGGACUUUAGUGCUGAGGAUGAUGCCAUCUUCUUCUCAGACACAGCUAAAGAUAUUAUUUACAAACAGAAAGUGGAUGGGACUGGCAGGGAGGUGCUGGCUGCCAACAGAGUGGACAGUGUGGAGGACCUGGCUUACGACUGGAUUUCUAAAAAUCUCUACUGGACUGACCCGCGAUACAGGAGCAUAUCUGUCAUGAAGGUUACUGAUAAGUCUAGGCGGGCUAUCAUACAGAACCUCAACAACCCGAGGGCCAUCGUGGUCCAUCCUCUCGUCGGAUAUAUUUUUUGGACUGACUGGUACCGCCCAGCAAAGAUUAUGAGAGCUUGGGGCGAUGGGUCACAUGCCCUUUCUAUUGUAAACACUACUCUUGGCUGGCCUAAUGGUCUCGCUAUUGACUGGAGCUCCAUGCGUUUAUAUUGGGUGGAUGCCUUCUUUGACAAAAUAGAGCACAGCAAUUUUGACGGACAUAACAGGCUUUCUUUGGACCGCAUUACUCAGAUGUCCCAUCCUUUUGGCCUCACCAUUUUUGAAGGUUAUGCAUAUUACACUGACUGGCGCCUGGGUGGUAUUGUCCGCGUCCGCAAGACCGAUGGUGGAGAAAUGGUGGUUAUCCGAAGAGGGAUCAGCCACAUCAUGCAUGUCAAAUCUUUCAACUCCAACAUACAGAUUGGCUCGAACCCCUGCAACAGGCCGACAAAUCCAAAUGGAGACUGCAGCCACUUUUGCUUCCCAGCACCCAUUUCUCAGAGGGUGUGUGGGUGUCCCUACGGCAUGAAGCUGUCCCUUAACCAGCAGACAUGUGCAGAGGACCCUUCCAGUGAGCCCCCAACCCUGCAAUGCGGCGCUAACUCCUUCUCCUGUGGAAACGGCAAAUGUGUCCCUAACACGUAUCGAUGUGAUGGUGUUGAUGACUGCCAUGACAACAGCGAUGAGACGAAUUGUGGCAUCAACAACACCACUUGCGCCCCUUCUGCAUUCACCUGCGCUAAUCGGCGUUGUGUGCCAGCCUCAUGGCGUUGUGAUGGCCACAACGACUGUCUGGAUGACAGCGACGAGGCUGACUGUCCGACACACGUUCCUGGAACCUGCCCGGCCAAUCAGUUUUUGUGCUCCAACCACCGCUGCAUCCCGCUAACAUGGCGCUGUGACACAGAUAACGACUGUGGUGACAGUUCAGAUGAGGCUGACUGUCAUCUGAGUAGCACAUGCCAUCCAGACCAAUUUCAGUGUCCAGACCACCGUUGCAUAGCCCCCAGCUAUGUCUGUGAUGGUGAUCGGGACUGUGUGGAUGGCGCAGAUGAGCAAGGAUGCAUCUACAACUGCACUGUGACUGAGUUCAAGUGCUCCCGCAGUCACCAGUGCAUUAACUCCUUCUACCGAUGUGAUGGUGUCUUUGACUGCACCGAUCGCUCAGAUGAGCAAGGAUGCCCCACAAGGCCCCCAGGCAUGUGCCAUCACGAGAGCGAGUUCCAGUGCCAGUCAGACGGCAGCUGUGUCCCAUCCACCUGGGAAUGUGAUGGUCACGCGGACUGCGAGGACGGCAGCGACGAGCACCACGCCUGCCCGCCUCGCACCUGCCCUUCGGCACUCUACCGUUGUGAUAACGGCAACUGCGUAUUGCGCAGCUGGCUGUGCGACGGCGACAACGACUGCAGAGACAUGAGCGAUGAGCGCAAUUGUCCCACACCGCCUUUCCGAUGCCCGAGCUGGCAGUGGCAGUGUCCCGGCUACAGUAUGUGCAUCAACCUCACAGCAGUGUGUGACAACUCUCCUGAUUGUCCUAAUGGUGCAGACGAAUCUCCACUCUGCAAUCAAGAAAGCUGCUCAGACAACAAUGCUGGAUGCACGCAUGGUUGUAUCCAAGGGCCCUUUGGCGCCCAGUGCACUUGCCCUAUGGGCUAUCAACUUAGUAAUGAUUCCAAAACCUGUGAGGAUAUAGACGAAUGUCAUUCUCCUGGACUAUGUAGCCAGCAUUGUUUUAACGAAAGAGGUUCUUUCCGCUGCCACUGCCACGACGGUUACACCCUCGAAGAAGAUCAGCGGACCUGCAAGGCCUCAGAUUCUCGUCAAGCCUUCUUGUUGGUAGCCAGUCGAAAUCACAUAGUCCAAGAUGACAUCACUACGCAGCCCAAUGUGGUGCAUUCGCUGAUCCGGGAUGGACGCAACAUCGUGGCCCUUGACUUUGACUCUGUCACUGACCGUGUGUACUGGUCAGACACGAGCCAGGACAGGAUCUGGAGUGCUCAUAAAAAUGGCAGUGAUAGAACUGUGAUAUUUGACAGUGGAGUGACGGUAACCGAGAGCCUCGCUGUGGAUUGGGUGGGCAGGAACCUCUACUGGAGUGAUUACGUUUUGGAGACAAUUGAGGUUUCCAGACUAGAUGGUACUCACCGGACGGUGUUGGUCAGCGAAAACAUCACCAACCCUAGAGGGCUGGUGUUGGACCCAAGAGACAGUGCUCACCUGAUGUUUUGGACUGACUGGGGGAAGAACCCCCACAUUGAAAGAGCCAGCAUGGAUGGGAAAAUGAGAACCAUUAUCAUAAGCAACAAACUGUACUGGCCCAACGGUCUUACUAUAGAUUAUCCCAACAACUUGCUGUACUUUGCCGAUGCGUAUUUGGAUUUCAUUGACUACUGCGAUUAUAAUGGCAAAAAUAGAAAACAAGUCCUGGCCAGUGACCUGGUUCUUCAACAUCCUCACGCAAUUACCAUUUUUGAGGAUUUUGUGUAUUGGACUGACAGAUAUAUCAAUCGCGUGAUGCGAGCCCAUAAGUGGCAUGGGGCGAACCAGACCGUGAUGCUGUUCAACCUUCCUCAGCCCAUGGGUCUUGUGGCAGUGCAUCCAGCUCGGCAGCCAGCAGGAAACAAUCACUGCUUCCAGAACCCAUGCACUCACAUUUGCCUGCUCUCAGCCAUUGGACCAAGGUUCUACUCAUGUGCAUGCCCCUCUGGGUGGAUUCUGGCUGAGGACCAAGUCACGUGUACCAGAAUUGAGGAUCCUUUCUUGGUGGUGGUGAGAGAUAGCAUUAUUUACGGAAUUUCCUUGAACCCGAAUGACAAAAGCAAUGAUGCUAUGGUGCCUGUGGCUGGGCUUCAGAAUGGCUACGAUGUUGACUUUGACGACAGUGAACAGACCCUUUACUGGGUUGAGCAUCCAGGUGAGAUCCACAGAGUGAAAUCAGAUGGAACCAAUAGGACAGAGUUUGCUCCGGCAGCCAUUCUAGGAUCCCCUGUGGGUCUGGCCCUGGACUGGAUAACUGAAAACCUCUAUUAUACUAAUCCGUCAACACAGUCUAUUGAGGUUUUGAGGCUGAAAGCGAUGUUACAGUACAAGAAAACUCUCAUCACUAAUAAUGGCUCUCCAACUGGCGCUGGCAGUCCUAUCGGCAUUGCUGUCGACCCGGCACGUGGCAAAUUAUACUGGACUGAUCAAGGGACGGAGAGUGGAAUCCCUGCCAAGGUGGCAUCUGCGGACAUGGAUGGCUUGAACCCUGUGACGCUAUUCACCAAUAAUCUGGACCACAUAGAGUUCAUUACUGUGGACAUCCAAGAGAACAAACUAUAUUGGGCUGUGGCAAGCAGUGGCAUGAUUGAACGUGGAGAUCCAGAUGGGACUAACCGCGUCACCAUCGUGUCAGGUCUUGCUCACCCCUGUGGUGUCGCCAUCUAUCAAAACUUCCUGUACUUCACCGACCGUGACUUUGAGGUCAUAGAGCGCGUGGACAAGAACACAGGCUCUGACAGGGUCGUGCUACGGAACAACGUGCCAGGACUCCGAGUUUUGAAAGUCCAUUAUCGAGAUACCCAAGCAGGCACAACCAACGGCUGUACCAACAACAUAUCUGCAUGCGAGCAUCUGUGCCUACCUCGCCCGCAGGGUCUCUUCACAUGUGCCUGCGCCACAGGCUUUAAACUCAAUACUGACAAUACAACCUGCGUCCCUUAUGAGUCCUUCGUUGUCAUCUCAACAUUAUCCGCUAUUAAGGGCUUCAGUCUUGAAGCAGGAGACCACUCAGAAGCUAUGGUGCCAGUGGCUGGAAGAGGCCGUAAUGCUUUACACAUCGAUGUGCACAUGGCAUCUGGUUACAUCUACUGGUGUGACUUCAGCAGCACUGUUACAGCACAGAACGGGGUCAGAAGGAUCAAGACAGAUGGCUCUGGAUUCCGUAGUGUAGUGACAACUGGAAUAGGACGCAAUGGGAUCCGUGGCAUCGCUGUGGACUGGGCUGCAGGGAAUCUUUAUUUCACCAAUGCCUUCCUGGUGGAGACAUACAUUGAAGUUCUUCGUCUGAACAGUACUUUCCGAAGAGUACUGCUUAAAACCCAGGCGGACAUGCCACGCCACAUUGUAGUGGACCCCAGAAAUAGAUACUUAUUCUGGGCUGACUACGGCCAGAACCCUAAAAUUGAACGGGCGCUCCUGGAUGGAACAAACCGCACAAUUUUAGUGUCAUCAGGAAUAAUCACUCCUCGAGGUCUUGCUCUAGACCAAGAAACAGGCUAUGUCUACUGGGUAGACGACUCUCUUGAUAUGAUUGCCCGUGUCAGCCCCACAGGAGGGGAAACGGAAGUUGUGCGGUAUGGUAGUCGCUACCCAACUCCUUACGGGAUCACGGUGUUUGAAGGCAGUAUCAUUUGGGUGGACAGAAACCUCAAGAAAGUGUUCCAAGCUAGCAAGGAGCCCGGCAGCACAGAGCAACCUGUCGUCAUAAGAGACAACAUAAACAUGCUAAGAGAUGUUACUAUUUUUGAUCAGCACACACAGCCCUCUACAGCCCAAGAACUUAACAAUAAUCCCUGUGUGGAGGCCAACGGAGGCUGUGCUCACUUUUGCUUUGCUCUGCCAGCCACUGAUUUUGGCAACACAUCCAGGAAAUGCGCUUGUGCGUUUGGGAAUCUUGCAGCAGAUAAUGAGAACUGUGUGGUGUCAAGGGAUGACUAUCUUAUCUACACUACCGAGAGUACAGUGCGCAGUUUACGCCUGGAUCCAGAAGACCACGCUGUGCCUUUCCCUGUGGUCAAUGUGCCACGUACUUCUGUGGCAUUGGAUUUUGACCUGACUGACCGAAGAAUCUACUUCACUCAGAGCUCAGGGGCGGGAGCCAGCAAAAUCAGUUACAUCAGCCUCUCUUCUCCGACUUCACCUCCAGUGAUGGUGGCUUCAGAUCUAGGGGCCCCUGAUGGCAUUGCAUAUGACUGGAUAAAUAAAAGGAUUUACUACAGUGACUAUGCUAACCAAAGCAUCAGCUCCAUGUCUGUGAAUGGAUCUCAGAGAACUAUCAUUGCCCACGUGCCCAGGCCGAGGGCCAUCAUAUUAGAUCCUUGCAGGGGAUACAUGUAUUGGACAGACUGGGGAACCCAUGCAAAGAUCGAGCGUGCUACCUUGGGUGGGAACUUCCGAAAAGAGAUUGUGAACAGCAGUCUUGUGUGGCCCAAUGGAUUGAGUUUAGACUAUGAAGAGGAGCGGCUGUAUUGGGCUGAUGCCAGCUUACAGAAGAUUGAGCGAUCCUCUCUGACCGGAUCAAACCGUGAGGUCAUCGUCAGCACAGCCAUCUACCCCUUUGCAAUGGCAAUGUUUGGGCAGUUUAUUUACUGGACUGACUGGAACACACGUAGCAUCUACCGUGCUAACAAACACGACGGCUCUGACCAAACGGUAAUGAUUCAGAAUCUUCCUUCUCGGCCAAUGGAUAUCCAUGUUUUGGCUGUUGGGAAGCAGCAGCAGUGUUUCAGUCCUUGCGAACAGUUUAACGGAGGCUGCAGCCAUAUAUGUACACCAGGACCCAACGGAGCAGAGUGUCACUGUCCAUCAGAGGGCCAAUGGUAUCUCACUGACAAUAAGCACUGCAUUCUUGACAACGGGACUCGUUGCCAGCCGGGUCAGUUUACCUGCCUGAAUGGCCGUUGCAUUCGUGCGCAGUGGAAGUGUGACAAUGACAAUGACUGUGGGGAUGGCAGUGAUGAGCUGGAGAGAGUUUGCGCCUUCCACACAUGUGAUCCUACCGUGUUUACCUGCGGGAACGGGCGAUGUGUGCCAUACCACUACCGUUGCGACCACUACGACGACUGCGGUGACAACAGUGAUGAGGCCGCUUGUCUCUUCAGGCAGUGUGACCCCAACACAGAGUUUGCCUGCAACAAUGGCCGCUGUAUCGCCAAGGAUUAUGUUUGCAACGGCAUUAAUAAUUGCUAUGACAAUGGCACAUCAGAUGAGAAAAACUGCCCCGAGAGAACCUGCCAGCCAGAACACACCAAGUGUCAGUCGACCAACAUCUGCAUCCCACGUUCGUACCUGUGUGAUGGAGACAACGAUUGCGGAGAUAUGAGUGACGAGAGCCCGACGCACUGUGCUACAUCGACAUGUUCCCAGAGCGAGUUCCGUUGUUCCAGCGGUCGUUGCAUACCCGCCCAUUGGUACUGUGACGGAGGGGCGGAUUGUGCCAAUGGCUCUGAUGAACCCCUCUCCUGCACAACCUUGGCCAGGACCUGCAAUUCAGAUCAGUUCCGUUGUGAUGAUGGCAGGUGCAUCGCUUCCUCCUGGAUCUGUGAUGGAGACAACGACUGUGGUGACAUGAGCGAUGAAGACCAAAGGCACAACUGCGCCAACCGCACAUGUUCGAGCACAGAGUUCACCUGUGCGAACAACCAACCGCCACAGCGCAAGUGCAUUCCUCAAGACUGGGUGUGUGACGGUGACGCAGACUGCACAGAUGCGCUGGAUGAGCAUCAGAACUGCACGCGGAAAUCUUGUGGUGUCAAUGAGUUCACCUGUAGCAACGGCCUCUGCAUACGUAGCACCUACAGGUGUGACAGACGCAAUGACUGCGGCGACAGCAGUGAUGAACAAGGUUGCACUUACCAGCCGUGCCAGCAACAACAGUUCACCUGUCAGAACGGUCGAUGCGUGUCGCACGACUUUGUCUGCGACGGGGACAACGACUGUGGCGACGAGUCCGAUGAGCUCGAGCACAUGUGCCACGCUCCCCCACCCACGUGUCCCCCUGGCGAGUUCAAAUGCGACAAUGGACACUGCAUCCCUCUGAGCCAGGUGUGUAACCGGGAUGACAACUGCUCCGACAACAGUGACGAGAAAGGAUGCGGUAUCAAUGAGUGCACAGACCCAUCUGUCCAUCGCUGCGAUCACAACUGCUCAGACACAGCCACAAGCUUCAUCUGCACCUGCCGCCCCGGCUACCGCCUCAUGUCUGACGGCACAACUUGCGACGAUGUAAACGAGUGCGUGGAGACGCCGAGCGUGUGCAGCCAGCUUUGCGAGAACACGGUGGGCUCGUACGUCUGCAAGUGCGCGCCAGGUUUCCUCCGAGAGCCAGACGGACGUAGAUGUCGCCAGAACAGCAAUAUUUCGCCUUACCUCAUCUUCAGCAACCGCUACUACCUCAGGAACCUGUCCAUGGACGGGCAGGCCUAUUCGCUGAUACUCCAGGGCCUUACCAGUGUGGUGGCAUUAGAUUUUGACCGCGUGGAAAAGCGGUUCUAUUGGAUUGACGUGAGCCGCAGAGUGAUCGAGAGGAUGGCCUUCAAUGGCAGCAACAGGGAAGUAGUGGUCAAUGGAGUUCUGCACGGCGAGGGCCUUGCCAUCGACUGGAUCGCAAGGAAACUCUACUGGGUUGAUAGCUUCAUGGAUUGCCUUAAGGUGUCCGAAUUGGACGGACGUUUUGAGAAAAAACUGGCUGAACACUGUGCCGACUCUAACAACACUUAUUGCUUUGAGAACCCCAGGGCUAUUGUCUUGCAUCCCAAACAUGGAUAUGUUUACUGGACCGACUGGGGUGACAAAGCCUUCAUAGGCCGAGUUGGAAUGGACGGAACCAACAAAGAGGCAAUCAUCACCACUAAGAUAGAGUGGCCUAACGGCCUUACUAUAGACUACACGAAUGACAAGCUGUACUGGUCUGAUGCACAUUUAAACUACAUCGAGUACUCCGACCUAGACGGUCACCACAGGCACACGGUGUACGACGGAGUUUUGCCUCAUCCCUUUGCUGUGACCUUGUUCGAGGACACGGUUUAUUGGACGGACUGGAACACAAGAACGGUGGAAAAGGGCAACAAAUACGACGGUUCUGCUCGCCAAAUCCUGGUCAACACCACACACAGACCGUUUGAUAUUCACAUUUGCCAUCCCUAUAGACAGCCCAUCGUAAACAAUCCCUGCGCUGUGAACAAUGGAGGCUGCUCUCACCUGUGCCUCAUCCGUCACGGAGGGCGGGAACACACCUGCGAGUGCCCUGACCAUUUCCUGGCAAUGCAAAUAGGAGGAGUGACAAGAUGCCUUCCUAUGUGCACCAGCACGCAGUACAGAUGCGCCAACAAUGAACGUUGUAUCCCGAUCUGGUGGAAAUGUGACGGUCAAAGAGACUGCAGAGACGGCUCGGAUGAACCCACCACCUGCCCCUCACGCCACUGUAGGCUCGGACAGUUUCAAUGCAAUGACGCCAACUGCACCAGUCCGCACUUCCUGUGCAACGGCAAGCAGGACUGCCACAAUGGCGCCGAUGAAGAUCCUGUGUUGUGUGCGACGCACCAGUGUGAACCUUACCAGUGGCAGUGUACAAAUAAGCAGUGCAUCCCUGAGUCAUGGCAGUGUGACGGCGAGGAUGACUGCGGCGACCGUUCUGAUGAAGAUCCUUCCCAUUGUUCCACAAGGACUUGCCGUCCUGGACAGUUCAGAUGCCGCAACGGACGCUGCAUUCCCCAAAAUUGGAAGUGUGACACAGAUGACGACUGUGGGGACAACUCUGAUGAGCCUCUUGAUGAGUGCAUGGGACCAGCGUAUCGAUGUGACAACCACACCGAGUUCGACUGCAAGACCAACUACCGAUGUGUGCCUCUCUGGUCUGUUUGCAAUGGUCACGACGAUUGUAGAGACAACAGCGACGAACAGGGCUGUGAUGAGGUGACCUGCGACACCAGCGGAGACUUUAAGUGUGACAACCAUCGUUGCAUCCCGCUAAGAUGGCGCUGUGACGGUGAUGAUGACUGCGGAGACGAUUCAGAUGAACGCAGCUGCACUCCACGCGCGUGCACCGAGAGCGAGUUCCGCUGCAAUAAUCUGCACUGCAUUCCCGACCGUUGGGUCUGUGACCAUGACAACGACUGUGAAGACAACUCGGAUGAAAGGGACUGUGAGCUACGGACGUGCCAUCCUGGUUAUUUCCAAUGUGGAAGUGGACACUGUAUCGCCGAUCGCUUCAAAUGUGACGGCAACGCCGACUGCGUGGACUAUACGGAUGAGUCGUCAUGUCCGCCGCGCUUUCCAAAUGGCACCUAUUGCCCCCACUUUAUGUUUGAGUGCAAGAACCACGUCUGCGUCCAGCCUCACUGGAAGUGCGACGGGGACGACGACUGUGGGGAUAAUACUGACGAGGAGCUUCACCUCUGCUUGACCGUCCAGUGUGAGACACCGUUCCGUUUCCGCUGUGACAACAACCGUUGCAUCUACAGCCACGAACUGUGCAACUCUGUGGAUGAUUGUGGCGACGGCUCCGAUGAGAGAGAAGAAAACUGCCAAAGCCCUACACGUGGACCCUGUGCAGACGAGGAGUACAAAUGCAGUAAUCGACAAUGUAUUCCUCUUCAGUACGCCUGCGAUGAUUAUGACGACUGCGGGGACCAGUCGGAUGAAUUAGGAUGUCAUCAACACAGCGCACGCUCUUGCAGUGACCACGUAUGUGAACACAACUGUACUGACCUGACCGAUGGAGGCUUCUUGUGCUCUUGCAUGCCAGGCUACCAAGCCCGAAGUGGCCAGCGACACACCUGUGAAGAUAUCAACGAGUGUGAGGUGUAUGGAAUUUGUCCACAAGAGUGCAAAAACACAAAGGGAAGCUAUGAGUGUUUCUGCGCUGAGGGCUUUGACUCCUUUAGCGAGCCACAUGGAACCCAGUGUGCUGCUAGAGGAAAUCCACCAGUGCUUCUGCUGCCGGAUAACGUCCGUAUCCGCCGUUUCAACCUUUCAUCGGAGCAGUAUUCGGACUACGUGGACAAUGCUGAGCAUAUUCAAGCUCUAGACUACUUGUGGGAUCCAGACAAACAAGGCCUUAGUAUUGUGUACUGGACAGUCGUGGGACGAGGGUCAGAGUUUGGGUCCAUCAAACGGGCCUACAUGACCACCUUCAGUGAUAAUGGCAACAACCCGGUCAGAGACAUGGACCUCAACUUGAAAUAUGUGGCUAAUCCCGAUGGCAUCGCUGUUGACUGGGUUGGCGGCCACAUUUACUGGACUGAUGCCGGCACCAAUCGCAUUGAAGUGGCCAAAUUGGAUGGACGUUACAGGAAGUGGUUGAUCCACACUGACCUCGACCAGCCGGCUGCUAUCGUUGUCAAUCCAGCCCUCGGAACAAUGUACUGGACGGACUGGGGCAGAAGACCCAAAAUAGAGUCAGCGUGGAUGGAUGGCCAAAGCAGACAGGUGCUGGUCGGUGAAGAAGACUUGGGCUGGCCGACUGGAUUGGCUCUGGACUAUUUGAAUGCACACAGGAUCUACUGGUGUGACUCCAAGGAAAACAUCAUUGGGUCCAUGAAGCCUGAUGGCACAGACAGAAAUAUAAUUAUAUCUGGAGACAUUGGCAAUCCCUUUAGUUUGGACCUUUUUGAGGGCCAUGUGUACUGGACAACAAAGGAAAAAGGAGAAGUGUGGAAAACAAAUAAGUUUGGCAAAGGAAACAAAGUCAAAGUAUUAACCAUCAACCCCUGGUUGACCCAGGUCCGCAUUUACCAGGAGCACCGACACAACCACUCAGUACCCAAUCCUUGUAAAAGCGUGUGCAGUCACCUGUGUCUCCUCCGCCCUGGUGGCUACACUUGUGCCUGUCCGCAAGGUUCCUCCACAUUGGAUUUCCAUUCACGUGAAUGUGACGCAGCCAUUGAGGCGCCUGUUGCAAUGCCUCUUGCGUGCAGAUGUAUGAAUGGUGGGACCUGCUACACAGAUGAAGGUGGUCUACCCAAUUGCAAAUGCCCUUAUGGUUAUUUGGGUAGCUACUGUGAAAUGGGCCAGUCACGAAGCGCUCCAACUGGAACAGCUGUGGCAGUUCUACUGUCAGUCAUCAUCAUAAUAAUUACUGGAGCUUUGGCAGUCGGUGUCUUUCUCAACUACAAACGAACUGGAUCCUUCAUCCCUUCUAUGCCCAAACUGCCCAGCCUCAGCAGUCUGGUGAAGUCGAGUGAUACAGGGAACGGAGUGAUGUUUCACUCUGGUGAUAAUGUGGAUUUCGGACCGACGCACAUUGGAGUGUCAUUUAUUGAUACCGUGCAGAUGGAUGAUCAUUUUGCCAUGGAAGCAGCGAGGCAUCCCGUUACCUUUGAAAACCCGUUGUACGCCAACACAGCCGACUUGGCCGGCGAUCCAGCUGUCAUUCACGCCUCGCAGGUGACUGUUAAUGUAAGUGGGGAGAAAUUACAAAACAACUUUGUGAACCCGGUAUUUCACGCAGAGCAGAGCGGGGGCCUCGUGAACACGUCAGCUGUUGCGACCAAACCUGUACAGGAGUCAAAAUGGAGUGCAUUCAAGCGCAAAAUGAAGCCUGAAAACCAGUCCUACUCCAAGAUGAGGGACGAUAAGUGUGAAGGAAGCAGAGGCGCAGACAGCUCGAGAGCUGAGCGUCCACCCCCCAAACCUCAAAGGAGGGACCAUCAUCACCAUCAUCAUCAUCCGAGCACCUUUUCACCGACUGAGGACAGUUUCAAAGACACAGCCACGCUCGUUAAAGAGGACAGUGACGUAUAACCCCGCCACCGCUGACGGGAUCUCACUUUGCACAGAACUUAUUUUUUUAUGCAGCCCACGGGUGUGGAGGGGGGUCUAAUUUCUAUAUACAUAAAUAUAUAAAAUACAGUGGUCCUAAUUAAAAAAACUCGACAUGUUUUUGGAUGAAUGUUUUUUUUUUUUUUUCUAAGAUUUGAGAUGCGAGUGUUGCGUACAAGCCGUGGAACAAAAGCAGCUCGUAUCUCAGGGCACCACUGUACAUUUCGACUGAAUAAGGAAAAUGAAAGUCUAUGCCUUGUGACAUUACAUAUGCCAAUUCUUGUGUAUUUUUCUUUAUUGUGAUGUACAAUUUGUAUAUCUUUGCACUGACGCUGCUGAUAUAGAUGUCGAUAAAUAUGUUGUAUAUUUGUAAAUUUGAACCAUAAGAUUUGGAGCUAGCCUACGUGGUAGUUGUGCAUUUAUACACAUUGUAAAAGCUGAGCGGAAUUGCGCAAUGUACAGUACUUCGAUCGUCACGAGAGGAAAAAUCUGAUUUUCUGCCUUUGCCAUAUGAUACAUAUAAAUAAUCUAUAUAUACACAUCUCAAUAACUUCAGGGUGAUUGGAAUGAAUUUAUCAAACAUGCAGUUUAAACCUAUGUGUUUUUUAAUCAUUUUUUUACUUUGAUGAUUGAUCUGACUUUGUGACUGAAUCACUGUGAUCAUGUCUUUUCCUAUCAGUAAUGAUAUGAGAACAUACUUGAACAUGCGUGCGCAUGGAUGUUAAUUUAUGUCAAUUAUCGAAAAGAGCCACACACGACCUAAGAAUGCAGACGAAUCAUUUUGUAUACGUGAAAGCGUUUCAUAUCAAUGAUUACCAAUAAAUUUCUUUUUCUAAUCAUUUACAAUACGCCCAUAUGGUUUAAAUCGCCAUAAAUAAAUGUAUUUUGAGACAAAAGUCUUCCAAGCUUUAAGUUUCUUUUCAUUACUUCCUCGUGGAUUCAGGUGAAGGCAGAAGAAUGCUGAUGACUAAAUCGGACACAAAAGAGGGAAGGUAGGACAACGGGAUCCAGACCAGUUUGGCGUCCCAGCCCGCGCUAUAACGCGUACGGGGGUACCGAGCGAUCAAGGCGUGCUCCAUGCAGUUGGUCACUGUGGAGAUGUGAGGACUGCAAAGGAGGUU